AUGCCAACUGCAAAUUUUGGUGCCUUAAAUGUUAUUGCAAACAGAUUUAUUCAAGAAGAAUUAGCAUACGAUUGUGCCGAACGGGAGAAAGAGAAUCAAGAAUUGGUAAGGCAGUUAACAGACGAACAAAAGGCAAUAUACAAUGAAGUGUUAACUGACGUGGAUCGCCAGGAAGGGUGGUUAUUCUUCGUUUAUGGUUAUGGAGGGACAGGUAAGACUUUCUUGUGGCGAGCACUCUCUUCCGCAUUAAGGUCUAAGAGUCAAAUAGUGUUAAAUGUAGCUUCUAGCGGCAUAGCUUCGCUUUUAUUGCCCGGUGGCAGGACGGCACAUUCUCGGUUUGCUAUUCCGAUAUCUGUUAAUGAAGAUUCCACAUGCAACAUACGUAACAGCAGUGAACUGGCGGAACUUCUUGUGCAAACAAAGUUGAUAAUAUGGGACGAAGCCCCCAUGAUGCAUAAAUUCUGCUUUGAAGCCCUAGAUCGAACUAUGCGGGAUUUGAUGCGCUUCAUAAAUCCAAUGAGUUCUAAUAUGACAUUCGGUGGUAAGACAGUUGUUUUGGGGGGCGAUUUCAGGCAAAUUUUACCAGUCAUUCUAAAGGGUACUAGACCGGAUAUAGUUAGAGCGAGCAUUAGCUCAUCCUAUCUAUGGAAAUCCUGGUGUCAACUUGAGGGGGAGUCAGAGAUUACUGUUCCAGAAGAUUUGUUGUUGAAGUGCGAAGAUGACCCUAUUGCUACAAUUGUUGAUAGCACUUUCCCCAAUUUCCGACUGGGAAUUGUCGAUUUGUCAUAUCUUAAUCAUAGUGCAAUUUUAGCUCCAACAUUGGAUGUGGUAGAUGCCGUUAACCAAUACAUGAAUGAUCAUAAUCCUUCUGAGGGUAAGACAUACUUGAGUUGUGAUUCUGUGUGUAAGUCAGAUGCCAAUGUUGACAUGUUAGCCGAUUUGCACACUCCCGAAUUCUUGAAUGCCUUCAGAUGUUCUGGAGUACCAAAUCAUACAUUGACAUUGAAAGUUGGAUCACCUGUUAUGCUAUUGCGAAAUAUUGAUCACACAUUAUGA